AUGAGUAAAUUGUCGUUUCGGGCGCGGGCGCUAGAUGCUAGUAAGCCCCUGCCCGUCUUCCGCUGCGAGGAUUUACCGGACCUGCACGAAUAUGCUUCGAUCAACCGGGCAGUGCCGCAGAUGCCGACCGGGAUGGAAAAGGAGGAGGAAUCGGAGCACCAUCUCCAGAGGGCCAUCUCGGCGCAGCAGGUCUACGGCGAGAAGCGCGACAACAUGGUCAUCCCCGUGCCCGAGGCCGAACGCAACAUCACGCACUACGAGUCCCUCUACCCCGGGGAGUUCAAAAUGCCAAAGCAGCUUAUUCACAUACAGCCUUUCGGUUUGGAUACGGAGCAGCCAGACUACGACCUGGAUUCGGGGGACGAGACUUUUGUGAAUAAGCUAAAGAAGAAAAUGGAAAUUACCGCACUCCAGUUUGAAGAAAUGAUUGACCGUUUGGAAAAAGGAAGCGGGCAGCAGUUUGUCAGUCUCCAAGAGGCGAAGCUGCUUCUAAAAGAGGACGACGAGCUGAUCAAGGAAGUGUUUGACUACUGGAGCCGCAAGAGAAAGAUGUGCAAAUUUGGCACCUUCGUCUCCAACAUCAAGCAGGAGAAGAGGGACGGCUCCAGCACCAGCGACCCCUACGUGGCCUUUCGCAGACGGACGGAGAAGAUGCAGACUAGAAAGAACCGUAAGAAUGACGAGGCGUCCUACGAGAAGAUGCUGAAGCUUCGCAGGGACCUGAGCCGCGCCGUCACCAUCCUGGAGAUGAUCAAGAGGAGGGAGAAAAGCAAGAGGGAAAUGCUCCACCUCACGUUGGAGGUUGUAGAGAAGCGAAACAGCAUGCCCGACUUCGGCUGCGAGGUGAUGGCGGAGGCGCUGGCCCAGCAGGCUCUUGUCAAACCCGUCUACACCAUUCCCAUCAUUCCCAGUGCCAACCAGUACCGACACCAGGACCACUUAGACAUGAAUGACUACAAGAAGCAGGAGAAGACGGAAGUGGUGCGAACUAAAAGGAAAUAUGAAAAGAAGCCCAAGAUCCCGCCUCUGUCGGCAGCGCAUCACUCGGGACACUCGGUGUUUAAUCUCAAGGACCUCAACCAGUAUGACUUUCCCAGCUCGGACGAUGAACCUUUUUCACAGAUUCAUUCAGGUUCUUCAGAGGCCGAAGAGGAGAGCGACCCAGAUGGCUGCUACGCAUUCAGGAGGAAGGCCGGCUGCCAUUACUACGCUUCAAGCACCGGCCGGAGCGCCGGCUGGCCAUGGGUGAGUCCGCUGGAGGGCGGGCUGGGGAAUCCGCGUUUCCGCUACUGCCUGACUUCCCUGAAUACGCCGCGGCGGUGCAUCGGCCUGGCUCGACGCCGGGUGGGGCGAGGAGGCAGAUUCUUACUGGAUCGAGCGCACGCCGACGUGGACGCCGUCUGUCACUUCUUGGACUCGGACCCGAAACCUGAUUCUCUCUUGUCACUUCCAAACUCUCCGCUCCGCAACUCCAGUACCUCAGAACCCAAUACCUCGGACCCCGUCAGCUCUUCCCGCCCUCUCUCCACGUCCUCGUCAUCCGGCGAGAAUUUGGACCUGAACCGGAUUCUUUUGAACAUAAAAUCAUGCCGCUGGAGACAUUUCCGACCACGGACACUUUCCCAGAAUGCUUUGGAAACAGGGGACUCACCACUAAAAGGAUUUGCGGAUUUUAGUCGGACCGUGUCAGGACUAACUCGGCGCUUGUCCGGAGGAUCCGUCUCACAGAAUCGACCCGGUCCAGCCACACCUCAAGUGACCUUGUUCACGGCGGAGCAGUACCAGCAGCACCAAGAGCAGCUGGCCGUCAUGCAGAAGCAACAGCUGGAGCAGAGUCAACAUCAGCAGAACCAACAACAGCAAAAGGACAAACAACAGCAGCAACAAAAGGAGCUAAAAGAGCAGCAGCGUCCUCAAAUCCAACACGCCAACAACUCCUUGAGCGUGGCUAGCCCGCUUAUCAGUCAGGUUUUGGUGUCCAAGACGCUGGACCAGGCUACCGCUCAGUUCGCCGCUUCAGCCCUGGUUACGGCCGACCAGCUGCUGGCCUUCAAGUCCAAAGAAGAGCUGGUGCUGGCCGGCGGAGUGAACGGCGUUCUGGGAGCAGGUGUCUUGAAGGGUCUGCAUCUGUCCAGCACAGCCACAGCGCUCCACCCGUCGCCCGCUUCGGCGGCCCCCGCGUUCCAGCCGGCCGGCACCAACGCUGUCCCUGUCUCCCUGGCGGCCGCCCCGGGCAACCACACGGCACUGGGUCUGUUGGGGUGCGGGACUCCCGGCGCCACUGCCUCAACUCAGGUCUUGAUCGGGAACAACAUCUGUCUGAGCGUGCCCUCGGCUGCCAACCUGGCGGGUCGCCACCUGCCCCGCGCCCUGCCGCCCUCUGCCUUAAAACUGGCCGCCGCCACCAACCUGCAGAAGCCCAAAGUCUCGGCCACGCCGGCCUUGGACAUCAACUCCAGGGAGAAGCGCGAAGAGGACAAAUCGUCACUGAGCAGCAUAGCCGACAACACAGUGGCCAUGGAAGUUACGUAG